UAAAUGUCAAAAGAUUCGUAAAAAUGGUGAUAUUAAGGUUGUGGACGAUUUUUUUUGUGUUUUUCAAAUUUGUUUUUAAAAGUAAUGGGGCCACGCAUUGGGUUGUCACCGAAAAGGGCAUGAUUCAGUCACAUGUGGGGUCUCCGCUGGAUCUCCGCCGUCCCUACGACUUGAUCUCUCUCCUCGACCAAGAAAAGCGUUGGAAUGAGGUCCAAACCGUUCUCCAAGAGCUCAUGACGCGUAAAUCGACCAUUGAGGAGAAAUGGUCAAACUUGCAAGGAAACCCUAGCAUGGAGUCAAAAGUGGCUCUUAAAAAUUCCGAUUGUUUGAUGAACGGCAAACUUUUAAACGCCAUUGAUAUUUAUAAUAUCGCAACCAACGGAAGCGAACGCGUCAAAGUCGAUUUAACGAUUGAGAAAGAUGACGUUACGAAUUACCACGUCCCUGAUUGUAGUAAAUACAGUAAAAUUGAGUUUAGUUUACCGGAUUAUGAGCGGUUUCCGUCUCUGCAUAGUGACGAUAAUAUCACUUUGGUUCCGGAGGACUCUCUCGAGAAGCUGAUGCCGGUGACGUCGGUCCGGUUGUUUGGUCACGAGAUACAUAAAGAAUUAGUGAAAAAUUCGAGUUCGUGGGUGCAUUAUAAUUUAGGAGCGUUGUUUUGGAGGAUGAAGGGCAACGGGCCCAAGGCUGUGGAUUGCAGCAGAAGGGCAUUGCAUUAUGUCCCUACAAUCUACAGGGAUAUCCCGCUACAUAACUUGGCAGGGAUUUUGCACAAAGCCGGGCGUUCGAAAGAAGCAACUUUGAUGCUUCACACUGCACUCGAAUCUGCCUCCAAACAAAACUUGCACUAUCUUGCCUUGGGCAACAUUUACUUUGCCAUGGGCGAUUAUAACAAUUCACUUUUAUUUUACGACAAAUUCCUUGAACUCGAACCUGAGCAUAACGAAGUUAACGUAAUGAAACAAGCAACUCUUUGUUUCUCAAAACUCGAAACUCACUUAAUCGACAUUCAAGAGAAUGUUUUAGGAUACCUUCAAAGUAUUUUAUCCGAUUUGCACGAUUUUCACAGUUUGCAACAGCACUGGUUGAGGUUGAGUAAGCGGUUGAUGUGGGAACACUCGUCCUAUGACGAGGAAUUGGGGAAUUUUCAGGACGACGUGUUCGAUAUUUCAAAUUUCGGGAAAAAGAGCCAACGCUGCGUGAAAAAAAUGUCCACGAUCUCGUGCGAUCUUGUCGAUAGUCCAAUUGCAGACUUCGACACGAUGAAUCUACAGAAUUUAUUUCAGUAUGUCGAGUCGGAAACUCAAAAAAUUAACGAACGUAUGGCAAAAACUAGUCGUUUAAAUACGAUGAAAGAGGGUAACAAUGCCCCGCAAAAUUACCCAAAAUUUCCCACGACAAUGUCAACAUCGGGGGAGAAAUACUUCGAUGUUGCCGGGUGGCCGUCAGAAGAAGAGUGCAAAAAGUGGGACUUACCAGUCAGUGACAAAGACGAUUUAAAAUUGCCCAUUUUCUUGCCGCCGGAAAAUAAAGGCUACGAUAUAAAUAAAAUAUUGUCGGACUCGAUCGGUUUGCCUAACGGGUCAGAACAUAAAUUACCUUGGUAUCCUCCAGUUUGUGACGAGUCGAACGCUUUCGGGGAAAAAUACGUCCAGCAGUCGGAGCGGCAUCUUCUUAACAAUGAAAUUAAAAGUAACCAGUUUUUGCGAAAUCAUUUUGUUAAAUAUGUUAAUAAUGGGAAAGCCGACGAGGCUGAGAUCGGUCAAAGGAUCAUAACUGCGAUUGAAAAGAAAAGUGCCCCGAGUUGGAUUUUGUCAACUCUUGCCAGCCUCUAUUGGCGAAUUCGUGGCAACACUCGCAAAUCCCUCGAUUGUCUCGACCUAGCUCUAAAAACCGCCCCAAAGGACCAGACUGAUGUGAUUCUAGUUUCGAUUAGUUCGAUAGUGCAUCAAUUAGGCUUAGCGAACCAAGCAUUGAAGUACGCGAAUUUGGCGUUCAAGCUGAAUUACGUAGAACCAAGUACAAAUUUUUUACUUGCACUUUUGCACUAUGAAAGCAACCCGUUGAUGGCCAUGUAUUACAUGAAAAAUGUCCUACGGGUCGACCCGGAGUAUUACGACGGUCAGGCCGAAUUGUUGCUCAAAAUAUGGGGCUGUCGCGUCAAGAUGGGUACUUACAAUAACGUGAAAAAACCGAGCGAGAAGUUGCCGCAGGAGAUUUGUUCGGAAAAAGAGUCGUUUAAGGGGCAGGGGAUGAUCUGUUCGGCGAAUGGGGAUGAUUGCAAGACGGCCUCCAUCCAGUGUUUUCACACGAAGAACCUCGAAGAUGGUGUUAAACCGGGAGUUAGACACUCUUUAAUUUCGACUAUCCUUGCUGAAGGUUCCGGUGAUGUUGAACCCGACCAGUCACAGCUAGAACGCAUUAGUGAUUCUCCUCACCCUUUUCACAUGAGGAUUUUGCUAGGGGAUGACCAAGUCACUCCCGGACCUACACCGGAAUUUUACGUCGGUUUCAGCGACGAUUCAACCUCUGAAACCGUUCUCCACGUCUAUGACAAAUCCGGUACUUAUUCUCUGUCUUCGCAAGGGUGCAAACAGAUAAUCGAAGCCGAUUGGGUCCAUUUUACCUCAAUGUGGCAAUCAAUCGCUGCGCGAAACUUAGAUAUCGGCCCGUACUUGAAACCUUUACCCAAAAACGCGAAAAAACGUAGCACGAAGCCAUACUGCAGCGACGCCAGUUUCAGUGAAGGCGACACGCUUUUGGUGCAGUUUACGAACAAAAUCCUACGUAGCAUAUCCACUACCUCACCUGAUAAAAGUUUAGCCGAGUGGCUGGGGAUCAUGGCAGGGGACCAGAAAGCCUCCGUCGAGGAGUUGGGCGCGAAAAUCGGGUUGGCUUUGCAGGAAAACACCACCUCGUGGCUUUUGGCCACCGCUGCUGCGAUUUACUGGCGGGUGGUUGGCAACACAGAGGAGGCUAUCGUGUGUUUACGGCUGGCUCUGAACCACGUGCCGGACAAUAUGAAGGAUGUGCCGUUGAUCAACUUGGCGAAUGUUUUGCAGAGGUUUGGGAUCAACGACGACGCGCUGGACGUGGCCUAUAUGGCGCUGAAAAGCAACCCGAAUUUUGUGGUGAAUCACUUCACGGUGGGUAAUAUCCUGGCGGCCAUGGGCGACUUGGAGGAGGCGAUUUCGUUCCAUCGAUCGGCGCUCGCCUUGGAUUCGAAUUUUGAACCAGCGAGGAAUCGAUUGCAGGCGAUCUUGUGCACGCUGCUGUUCGACGAGUCGGGGACUUUGCGGAAUAUACCUGAGAAUUAAAUAUAUUUCACGAAAUUAUAAAAGUUCUAUUUUUGCAUGCCCUACGGAGUAUAUGUGUUGUCCUUUCGAGAAACUAGAUUGGAUCUAAAUUGUUUAUCGAGUUGAUUAGGUGUCUAGGUUGGUUCUUUCAACAAUUUGUGUGAUCAAUUGUCACAAGUGAUAUUUUUACAUUUUUUAUUUUAGUACUUAAUUUGCCAAAGAUUUGGAACUGACUUGUGUUCACUAUUCUAGAAGUAGGUUUUUGCAGACUACAUUCCAGCGAUUAUUUGUGACUUAAUUAGUUUUUGGUAUGAUUUCAAUACUUGCAGUGACAAACAUUACGAAUCUCCUGUUUUUGUGAAAUAUUGUUAUCACUGUUUAAUUAAACGAUUUUUAAACAAA